UCUCUGAAUCUUCUUCUGACGUGUCAGCUUGGUAAACAGUCGAGUCUACAUGUAAAAUAUGUACAGUACUUUAGUAGCAGAUUUGUUUUACAGUGUAGGUUCGUCAUACCACCAUGAACACUGAUGAUUUUUAAAGAGCAUAAUCAUUUUGUUUAAAAUUAAGCUGGUGCUUCUCCAGACAGGAUGAAUUUUGGUUCUAAAGGCAAAAAGCGGAUGGUUCUGCCGACCCGACCUGAUCCGCCGACAGUGGAGCAGAUAAUGGAGGAUGUGAACCGUGCCUAUCCCAAUGAUCCAGUGUUCACUGUUUUACACACUUCUGCUGAAGAUUUGAAGGGCAUUUCCAGCAACGGUGAAGUGGAGGAGAGGUUCCAGCAGAGCAGGCGCUACAUAGAGCUUCAUGAGCGAUUGCAGGAGGAACGCGGCAAUCUUGCACGGCGGAGAGACGAGUUGCGCGCGGCUGGAAAAUCUUUGGAGAACAGUGUGAUAGAGGUGAAAAGUAGCGCAAUGUGACUUCCGAACAUUCACAGCGCCAUUUCAUGAACUGGAGAUUGACUUUAGUCGAGGAUUGGGCAUGGCACUUGUGAAUGCAUCAAAAUAAAGCUUCAGAUCCAUAGAAGAAUGCUGAGUGUUCUUCCUAUUGGACAUUGCAUUUGUAUACUAAAGUAGGAAGGUUUUAAUCCAGAUUUAAUCGUCGCCAACUGUUUUAGUGUGUUGCAUAGAAAUGAAAGGCACAGGAUUAUAAAAACAUGAUUUUGGAAUGCUGGUCUUUGUUAAGAAAUCACUAGCAUUUGGCUUUAGCCUCAUCAUCAUCAUUUUUUUGCUAUUUGCUCAUCAUCAUCAUUUUUUUGCUACUUUGUAUGUGAUGAAUCUGUUUGGUGUAUUUUGUGUGUUCAAAAUACAGUAAGUACAAAGAUAUUCAGGUUGUAUUGUAAAAAAGUACCUGUCUGAAUAUACUGAUUAGUCAUUUGUUAUUCACAUCAUCAUUUUAAAUCAUGUUUAAAAGCU